AGCGAGUAGUACCAGUACGGUACAAACUACGGUAGGUGGCAGAUGGCUGUCCGGUGCUACUUGCACGACCGCCAGACAAAAUUUAUUUUAUUUCUCGAGAGACGCGAUCUGUAUGUAUCCGUAACUGCGCAGUAGUUAUGUGAAUUAACUUUUGUGUUACCAAAUCGUUUACUUUAUCGAAUUAAUUAAAUUUUUAAAUGAUCGUCAAGUGUUUGAUGUAUAUUUGUUUUUCUAAUGAAUUCGACGAUUUUUUGUGUUUGCGAAAUAAUAUUAAGUCGUCCGCCAUAAAACCAUUUCAAUGUUCAUUAACAGAAGCCAGAAGGUCUGUUAAUUACUGGUAGUCAGAGAGAAGUACAAAAACUAGGCACAUUCAUAUUUUGUCUUAUACCGUGUGAAUUAUUUGGUUUAGCAGAUUUUCACAAUAUUUUUAUUCAGUCUUGUAAAUUUUAAUAUAUUUUUACUAUUAAUUUUUUGAUUUAUUAAUAGAAAAAAAAAAUGUUUUCUUCAAUGUUCAAAUCACUUGUAAACGUAUCUAACAAACAAAAUUCAAUUGAACAUAAAAGGCAAAAUAUUGAUGUUCUCAAGUUAUUGAAUGAAAUUGAAGAUGAUAAUUCUACUGAAAAUAUAGUUGUUUCUAAAGUACUACCUUUGGAAAUCAGUACUAAAGAUUUAUCUAUUAGUUCUGAUUUGGUCAAUAGUAAAAAUGACUUCAAAAGUAUUGAACAAAAAAAACAAGUACCUGUUGAACAAAUCAAGGAAACACAAUUAUUAAGUCAAAUCAAAUCUUUGCAUUGUUUAUUUACAUGGAAUUUAAAACCGCAAAAGAAGCAAGAUAUUAUUACACAUAUUAAAAACAAAUAUGGUAAUUACAAUUUAGACAUUUCUGUAACAGAAUUUACAUUUGUAAGAUUCAUUGGUAAUUUAAUCAUUAGCUAUGAAUUAUAUCAAAAUGGUAAACCAAGUGAAAGUGAUACAAAGAUUUUGGAAAUUGGUAAUUGGCUUGAAAAGUUGGAUAAAGGUACCGAUGAAUUUUACUUGUCUAUUAAUGUUGCUUUGAAACACAUUCAAAUGGCAAAUUUUGUUCAUAUGUUAUUCGCUACAAAUGGAACUGGAGGAUUUAAAUGGUUAUUUAAAGACAUUGUUUCAUUUGAUAAUAUGAAUAAUAAAUCCAAAGCUGCUUUGUAUGCUAUAAGAGCUGCUAUAUUAAUUGAAUAUGGUAAAAGUCUUGAAUGUUUUAAAAACGCAUCUAAGUAUGCUAAAGAAGCAUGUGAAUUGGAUCCUAAAACUUCUCACUGGUUCCAUAUUUAUUCGUUGGUGUUAACUGCUCAAAGACAGUUUGUGCACACACAUGAUUUAUAUUCAACUGAGAGACUGUUAUUACAGAAAAAUGCAUUGUGUCCUACAGAAAAUGAAAUUAACUUAGCAAUUCAGCAAGCUAUUAGUUCUUGUGAUGGAAAAAAUACGUAUUCUGUUAAUUUACUAGUAUUAAUUUCUUUAAAUGAAUUGUUGGCAAAUGAAUUUCCAGUGGCACAAAAAGGAUUACCUAUUUAUCAAGCAAAUGAUUCAGAAUAUAUUAGUGAAAUUAAUACAGAAUCAAGUUUAAAAAAAGAUAUGAAGAUCAUAGUAAAAAGGCAUAAAAAUGGUGAAGAUGCAAUUCCUUUUCUUAUUGGUUUACUUCCAAAAUAUAAUAAAAAUGGCAAAUGGGAAAUUAUGGCUCAAAUUUGUUCAUAUACAAUAUUAUUCACAAAUAAAUUCAGAGCUGGUGUUGAACAUUUUUUAUUUCUAAUUGGAGAGCCAACUGUUUCUACUAGUGAUCUUGUUAUAAACCAUAACUCAUCAUUUAUUGGUUCAAAAAUAUUUAAUUUAGCAGAAUUAAUUUGGAAUGAAAUCAAAUUGGCUUCAAAAAAUACAAAUACCACUUUUCUCAUGGAUAAUUUAUAUUACUAUACAAUAUUCUUAAAGAUAAACGAAACAUGUAAUCUAAAAAUGAGAAUUGUAGACCCAUUUAUGAGGUUUAAGAUUAUUAGUGAUUCAUCUGCCAUACCCAAUUGUGCAAAAAUAAUGUACAACAACGAUUUUGAAAUGGAGCAAUAUUCCAAAUCCAGAAAUACAUUUACUAACUUUCCGCAAACAAUUAAUUCAAUCCAGGAUACUAAUAUAUAUUUCAAUCAACAUUUUAACUCUUUUCAACAAUAUCAAUGUACAAAAUCAAUACCGUCACUAACAGAUUUAAAAUUUAACUUGAUAUUUCAAUCAACAUUUUAUACAAAUAAUACAAAAACCAAUAUUGCUUCAAAUUUAACAAACAUAGAUACCAGUUUAACUAAACUGCCAAGAGGAAAAACUUCUCAAGCAACUUAUAAAGCUUGUCUUAAUAAUUUAUUACAAAAUUAUCCAAAUAGUUUUAGAAUAUAUACUGAUGCAUCAAAAAUUCAUAAUAAUGUCGGCAUUGCCGUUGUAUCUAAUAAGGAUACAUAUACCUAUAAACUAUCUUCAGAUUAUACAUCAUGUGAAGCUGAAGCAGUAGCUAUAUUGAGGGCACUUGAUUAUGCUUUGGCAGAAAAUUUUAAUAAUUAUAUAAUACUGAGUGAUUCAUUAAGUACUAUAUCGUGUAUUCAAAACAUUAAUACAGCAUCUGAUGUAGUAAAUAGUAUACUAUGCUUAAUACAUGCACAUCAAUUAAAAGGAAAUUUAAUGCAUUUAAUUUGGAUUCCAAGUCAUAAUGCAAUUGAAGGUAAUGAUAUAGCUGAUAGACUUGCAAGACAAAUUGCCAUGUCAUCUACUGCAAUCACUUAUUCUCAUAACUCUUUUAUGGCAACAAAUAUAAAAUCAAAAUUCUUAAAAUCAUGAAAAAUAUAUCAAUCAAGCAUUAAAUUAGAGCAAUUAAGUUAAAUAUAAUUUGGAUAAUAUUGUUAUUAAUACCUGAAAAGUA